AUGUAUAAUAACACUUUUGAAUAUUAUCAAGAGUUAACAUUGACUAAAUUUGUUGAAUCAAAAAAUUCUGCAAAUUCAUUGGAAAGAAUGAAGCUAUUAAAAUACUGUACUCUCGAAACUAUUAACCAAGCAGUUACUAAAUUUGUAGAAAAGAAUUAUCCAGAUGGUACAAUUUCUAAUUUUGAAAGAAAAAGAAGAAAUAAUAUAUUUAAAUAUUUCAAAACAACUAUAGCUGAUUUUAAUCCAGCAGUUUUGGAAUAUUACCAAGAAAAUCUUCAUUUAUUUACUCUUGUAAUUCCAAAUCAAGUUGAUCUUGAAAGUAAUGGCAAAGAUAAUGAUGAUGAAACUAAAAAAUUAAUAAAUUAA